AGAAACAAUACCACGAGGAUUCCCAAGGUUAAAUCCGUAAUUCACGAUUUCUUAACUAACAUUUAAAACUGAACGUUCCCUCACGUUCCUCUGUCGCGCUCUCUAAAAGCAGAGUACACCUGUCACCGUCGUAACAGAAAAAUGGCACCGCCGAAACUGAAACGUAACUUCCCUCCGAUAACCGAAUACAACGGAACUUCUUCCCCGCAUGAAUCAGUCGCCGCCGAUCUCGACGGAACACUUCUCAUUUCUCGAAGCUCUUUUCCUUACUUCAUGCUUGUUGCUGUUGAAGCCGGAAGUCUCCUCCGUGGCUUCAUUCUUCUUCUCUCCGUUCCUUUCAUUAUCUUCGCUUAUCUAUUUGUUUCUGAAUCUCUCGGUAUUCAGAUGCUGAUUUUCAUCUCUUUCGCUGGUCUUCAAUUUGAUGCUAUCGAACUCGCUUCACGCGCUGUUCUUCCAAGAUUUUAUGCUGCGGAUGUAAGGAGAGAGAGUUUUGAAGUGUUUGAUCGGUGUAAGAGGAAGGUAGUGGUGACGGCGAAUCCGACGGUGAUGGUGGAUGCGUUUGUGAAGGAUUAUCUCGGCGGAGAUAAGGUUUUGGGAACGGAAAUUGAGGUGAACCCUAAGACAAAGAAGGCGACUGGAUUUGUGAAGAAACCUGGUGUGCUUGUUGGAGAUUUGAAGCGUUUGGCAGUUGUGAAAGAGUUUGGUGAUGAAUUGCCAGAUUUUGGACUUGGAGAUCGGAAAACUGAUCAUGAUUUCAUGUCAAUUUGCAAGGAAGGGUACAUGGUGCCUCCAAACAAAUCAGCAAAACCAGUUCCACAAGAGCGUCUCAAGAGCCGAAUCAUCUUCCACGGCCACUUCAUACAACGUCCAGACCCACUAAACGCCGCCAUUAGCUUUGCCUGGAUCCCCUUUGGCUUCAUCCUCUCCAUCAUCGAAGUCUACUUAAACCUCCCUCUCCCUGAUUUAGUGCGUCGCUGGCAAAUUUUUGGGAUUCCUAGUCCACAAGAAGGGAACCAAAGUCGAUAAAAAUAAAGUAAAAGCUGUCAUGGAAAUUCCACUCCCAAAGAACAAAAAGGAACUUGAACGUUGCCGCUCCUUACUGGUUAUUAGUUCUGAAUUGUAAAAUGAAAGAUUAUCAUUCAAUUUUCAAAAAUCGUAUAAUUUUAUGAUUUAUUUGAAUUUGAUUAUAGAUAUAUGUUUUAUAUAAAUUACAAAAAAAAAUAGGUUACCGGUAAUAUAUGAAUAGAAAAUACAAUCGCUUUAUAUUUAUACGAGUAGAAAUAUAUCCUUGCAGAAAUUUUAUGAAA